UGCGUUUGCAGAUACUGACGACCAGAGAUGGCGAUCGUCAAAGCGUCGUGGGUUCUCCUGUUGCUAGUAGCAACGAUCGACUCUGCGAGUGCCCAGUGUGACGAGACGCUCAGGUCUCCAGCAGGUGUGAUACAGUCUCCAGGGUACCCGGGCGACUACCCGUCGAGAAUGGACUACACGUGGUGCGUCGACGUACAAGGGGCCACAGGCAUAGAUAUCACGUUUUUGGGUGAAUUUCACUUGGAAAUCAACGAGGACAAUGACGGAACGGAUGUGUGUAAGGAUGCCCUGGAGAUAGGAGCGGGAAUCGUCCCGUUCCAGAACUCCAUCGGCCUCUUCUGCGGAAACAGCACUCCGCCGGCACAGAGGGUGGACACCAGGCAGAUGUGGGUGAACCUGUUCACAGACAGGAACGUGGAGAUAUCAGGAUUUCAACUGAUAUACAGAUCAGAGUUAGACGUGUGCUACAGCUCUCCCUGUACUAACGGAGGAACGUGCAUGUCCGAUUUGACCACAUACACUUAUACCUGCCACUGUCCGUCUGGAUGGGAGGGAAUUAUCUUCGGAGUUAACUGCGAAAUAGUUCUCCUCUCUGGAGUAUUCUCCAUAGAGGCAUCCUCACCAUCGCCAAGUACUGAAGAGGAGCUGACUCUCACCUGCAGGGCGACUGGCUGGAUCCCUGCUGCCACCAUCAGCUGGUACAGAGGAGAUGUGGACAGUCCUGUGGAUGCUGGGGAUCAGGAGGACGCACAGGUGAGUGACGGGACGUUCACAUCAACCCGGAACCUCACAUUCUCACCCACCAAGGGGGACAAUGGAGUAACGUACGGAUGCGUGGUCAGACAUCCGGCAUUGUCUAGCGACGCACAGACGCAUAUGACCCUUAAUGUCCGAUAUCCUGCCGAGAUUGUCACUCCUCUGCCCGACGUAACUCGUGUGACGCAGGGACAGUCAGCCAACAUCAGCUGCCCUGCCGACGGUAACCCGGAUACCUUCAUCUACACGUGGACUGAAGGGGACAGGGUCAUGGACCCGAGUACUGAGCACAAAUACAUCAUUGGCGAUGGUGUGUUGACCAUCGUACAAGUCACAAGCGACCUACAGGGCACAGUAUACAGCUGCGAAGUGACGAACAAUGUGGGUUUUACCCCUGCCAAAGCGUCAACAGUCCUCAUCGUAGAUAUUUCAUCUGAUGCAUCUUCAACAGUACAUCCAACCGCAUCUUCACCAGACACCAAUUCAACCACAACGAUCAUCAUCGCAGUAGUAGUGGUCUGCGUAGUGGUUUUGAUUGCCGUUAUUGUCGCUGCUGUAUUCGUGAUCAGACGGACUGUGGCCUCUAUGGAACGGCAACAUAGCAGCGCUCCUGAUGAAGUGACGUUAGAACAAAUACCAGGCAGUCCCAAAGAUGGCUACCAGAGUCUCAGACUGCCUCGUGGGCGACUGUCUACUCACACCUACCAGGGUCUAUUGGUGGCGCAAGGAGACACUAAAAAUCAGCCUACUACGGAUAGUGUGUAUGAAGAUGUGAAGACCUCAUCGGAGUUUCCUCGUAGCAAAUUGACUGUGAAGGAAAAACUUGGACAAGGACGGUUCGGCGAUGUCUUCAGAGCUGAAGCUUUGAACAUGUCAGGACAUCCAGGUAUAACCAUCGUUGCCGUGAAGACGCUGAAAUCGGUGUCAAGUCCUGCUGCCAGUCUGCCUGCUUUCUUCAAGGAACUGGACGUACUUGAGAUGCUGGGAAGUCACCCAAACGUCGUGUCUUUCCUCGGCUGCUGCACAGACGAAGAACCGUUCUACCUGCUCCUAGAGUACGUGUCCGGUGGAAGCUUACAGUCCAACCUGCGUGCCAGCCGCACUCAGCAGACUUAUAACAACCUGCACGGUGGAAGCAAGUCUCUGUCUUCACGGGUUCUGACAAAGUUCGCUUGGGAUGUGGCUAAAGGGAUGAACUUCCUAUCGUCUAGGAAGAUCAUCCACCGAGACCUGGCCACUAGAAACGUGCUGGUUGCUGCGGACCGGACCUGUAAGGUGUCAGAUUUCGGAAUCUCGCGAGAGGGGGAAGUGUACGAGAGGAGGGCCAACGCUUGCCUGCCGAUCCGCUGGAUGGCGCCCGAGUCUCUGUUCCAGAGGUUGUGCACUGUUCAGAGCGACGUGUGGUCCUUCGGCGUACUGUUGUGGGAGAUUGUUACUCUCGGCGCCACCCCUUACCCAGGUAUGACCUCUCGCCAGGUCAUGGGUUACGUGAAGCACGGCUACAGGAUGGAGAAACCGCCUCACUGCGACGACAAAAUCUACAAAAUCAUGGCGGCGUGUUGGGAAGAGGAGCCGACAGACAGACCGAGUUUCCAAGACCUGGAACAUGCUAUGGAGACGCUGAUAGAGGAAGAGUACAUCAACCUGGCGAAUUUCAACGAGGCCAUCUACGCGAAUCCACAAACCUCUACUGAGGAGAAGUGCUGAGACAGGGCUCGAAAUUAACGGUGUCCCGAUGGCCACUCUCCACUAAAAUAUGGGACGGGGCAACUAAAAAGACACUUUGGGAACAAUAGAAAAAUCUUUGGUCCGCUGGAGAGUACAGUUUGCCGCAUCCGAAUGCCGCCUCCCGAAGCCUGGUAGAGGCUAGUAAAAGUACUAAAACAUCCCUAUGUCGGCCUGUGAAACGGCUAAAUAGGUCCCUUUCGCAGAUGGACAAACGUGCGACAGACAUGUCUUGUACUUUUCUUAAUAUGCCCGCAAGUUCAAAUACAGCCACCUUAGAUGGUGAGAAGCUGUGUUAACAGAUACUGUGCACCCUUCUGUUGUUUUGUGGUGGUCAUUAGUAUGGAUAUAUUAAACAUAAUGUACACCAGGUC